ACAAAAAAAGGGAAAGAAAGAAAUCCGCACUCCACACAGCAGCAAAAGUCCAAUCAACUCUUGCUUCAUCGACACAGCAUAGCAUUUUCGCACUGUGUUCCCCAUCAAAAAGCGACCCGAAAAGUGUUAUCGCGGGGUUCCGUGCGGAGCAUUUUAACUCGUUCCGUUUCCGUUAUAAUCGAAUGUAUUCGAAUCCGCAAACAGCUCGCGUUCUAGUCCCCCUUAAAUCGGUAGUGUAAUCCUCGCGCGAUUCGGCGUAGCGAAAAAGAACGCAAUCCGAAAAAUUGCUUCACGAACAUCACACACGGCCAUCUUGAAAGUCGAUCCCCUCGUCGUCGUCGUUUCACAUCGUUGUUCCAUAACAAAAACUUGCCAGGCCAUAGUCGCAUUUGCCUGCGGCGGAGAGAAAACUGCCGAAAGUAUCAACGGUAGACGUACGGUAGUUCCCGGCGUGCCCACAGCAGAACGCCGUUUGGUCACAGUCUUUGCGGCGCACGAAUCGAACAACAAAAAGCGCAGGAGAAAUUUUCCUCUUCGAGUGACCCCAAUUUUACAUUGCGGGAAAAGGUUUUUGUGCUCCCGGUCAGAACCCGGAACGACCUGCUGGGCUUCGCGGUGGCAACGGUGGUCGGGAAAGGAGCAAACAUUCUUGCUUUGUAUGUCUAGAUUAUGCCUAAUAUCUGCGACCAGAUGUAUACAUAGCCAUGGCUGCGACGCGAAAGUUGCAAGGUGAGAUCGACCGGUGCUUAAAGAAAGUCACUGAAGGAGUCGAAACCUUUGAAGAUAUUUGGCAGAAAGUUCACAAUGCCACUAACAGUAAUCAGAAAGAAAAGUAUGAAGCUGAUCUCAAGAAGGAAAUCAAGAAGCUGCAGAGGCUACGAGAUCAGAUCAAAUCAUGGAUCGCAUCCGGCGAAAUCAAGGACAAAAGUGCCUUGUUGGAGAAUCGACGGCUCAUAGAGACGCAAAUGGAGCGUUUCAAGGUGGUAGAGCGAGAGACCAAAACGAAAGCAUACUCGAAGGAAGGUCUAGGUGCUGCACAAAAGAUGGAUCCAGCGCAGCGCGAAAAGGAAGAAAUCAGCAGCUGGCUGACGAACUCGAUCAGUUCACUGCAGAUCCAAAUCGAUCAGUUCGAGUGCGAGGUAGAAUCGCUAAUAGCCGGGAAGAAGAAGAAACUGGAUAAGGACAAACAGGAGAAAAUGGAUGAGCUGAAGGGCAAGCUGGAGAGGCACAAAUUCCACGUGACUAAACUGGAAACGCUGCUCCGAAUGCUGGACAACGACGGGGUGGAAGUAGAGCAGAUUAAGAAAAUCAAAGAGGAUGUUGAAUACUACAUCGAUUCAUCCCAGGAGCCCGAUUUUGAGGAGAACGAAUAUAUCUACGAUGAUAUCAUCGGUCUCGAUGAGGUUGAGAUUUCGGGUAUUGGAACAUCAGCUGGUACGGAAAGCAAUAAUAGUAACGAAACGGCAGGAUCUCCAAGCAGUUUAAUGUCAGGAAAUAGUCCGUCGCAGUCUCCGGUGAUGAACUGCAGUGCAUCAACGAUGCAUAACCACAGUGGCGAGAUGCCUGGUGCAGUGGACAGUAAUAUCGAUAAGCGGCCGAAGGAUGUCAAGAUUACGCCGGUUAAACCAACGGCAAUCAGGGCGAGUGUCAAGUUGGACCUCAAUGCACCUGUGUCUGCAGUUGUCAGUAAUAACACCAGCAUCAAUACGUCCAAAUCGGCAUUGAUCAGCUCAACGCCGAGUAAAAACCUGCCGAAUGCUGCCGCAGUGGUGGCGGGGGGCCUGGUACCGAAUAGCAGCGGUAUUGUGCCUCCCCAGGCGCCGGCUGGUGGCUUAGUCCAACCAAUUAUUGGUCCGGCAUUUGCAGCUGUCGCGAAGCAGCAUCCUAAAAAUGGUCCUUUACAUCAGUCCAGCGUCACCUCUUCGUCGACGGUGUCAUCCGUGUCAAGCGCUCCUGCACCCACGACAGUGGUACCCAAUGCCUCGGGGGCAGCCGUUAGUAACCUCACUCAGAUUGUGAAUGCAAAUCAAACUACGAUUAGUCAACAGCUGCAGCAACAGGUGCAACAACAGCAGCAGCAGGCCUCCCUAGCGUCAGGUCUACUCACGAAUGCAGCGGCGGUUGUAGCAGCCGGAGGUGCUAGCGGUAGCAAUGUCCAGUCGCAAUCUCAACAACAACCCCAACAACAACAGGCACCGCAGGUCCCAGGUCAAAAUUCCAUACCACUUCCACAUGGUGGCGCACUUACGUCCGCAUCCUCGGGUAUCGAAAACAAUCAUGUGAUGACGACGUCAUCUGCGUCAACUAUCAGCAGCAGUGGAGCGAAUAUCAUCAACAAUUGUGUAUCUCCUAGUAAUUCAGCAGUCAGCAGCAGAGCGUCUCCGAGUUUAAUGUCACCACCGCAGCAGCCAUUGUUGAACGGUCCUACAAGUCUCGGUAAGAAUGACUACCCUGCCGUACCCAUGAAUAUUGCAAGCACUCAUCCGAUGUCUACAUUGAAAACCAUAGCCCAGGAAGUGAUAAACCGGACCAGCGGCAGUUUGGAAGCUGGUCAAUCACCUGUCACUGGUGGUGCUUUGGUUCAGCAACAACAACAACAGCAGCAGCCAUCGCAAGUAGGUGGCCAGCAUCAACCUCCUGCGGUACAGCAACAGCCUCCACCGCAGCCCGAUACGAGACAACCCAGUGGCGGUCCGCCUGUUCAACCCGGUCAACAGCAACCUGGAAACCAGCAGCAAUCACAGCCACAACAACCACAACCACCACAGCAGCAACAACAACAACAGCAACAGCAGCAGCCGCCUUUCUCCCUGGUGGAUCCAACAAACAGUGCAAACUCUCUGAUACCUACGUCGUCAUCUACUGCCAUCAGCAACGGGCCGAAUGCGAUUAUCAACACGAGCUCUAACAUCGUGACGAAUUCCGCCAAUCCUAGUGUCACCAGCGUCGGCGGUAUGAAAGCAAGCGGAACGAACGAAGCGCACAUACCCCCGCUGCUGGGUGUAGCCCCACUAGGUCCCUCGCCACUGCAGAAAGAACAUCAGAUACAAUUCCAAAUGAUGGAAGCCGCCUAUUACCACUUGCCAACGCCAAGUGACUCGGAAAGGCUAAGAACCUAUUUGCAGCGGCAGCCCGUGCAAACGCCACAGCACUAUCCACAGCAACAACUUCCACAUUCUGACACGGUAGAGUUUUUCCAACGCCUCUCGCCGGAAACGCUGUUCUUUGUGUUUUACUACAUGGAGGGCACCAAAGCGCAAUACUUGGCUGCGAAGGCUCUCAAAAAGCAAAGCUGGCGAUUUCAUACCAAGUAUAUGAUGUGGUUUCAGCGCCAUGAAGAGCCAAAAAUCAUCAACGAAGAAUUCGAGCAGGGAACCUACAUCUACUUUGACUAUGAAAAGUGGGGCCAGCGUAAAAAGGAAGGAUUCACUUUUGAAUACAAGUACUUAGAAGACAGGGACCUGAAUUGAUCUACAAUGAUUAUGGAACUCCUUUUUUUAAAAAAAUGAAAUAAAAAAAUGGAAAACCGAUCAAUAAAAAUCGCAAAAUAUACUGAAAGCAUACUGAAACAAAAGCAGCAGAACUGUUUUGCAAGUCGAAAACGUACUACAGUGUUCCAACAUCCAGAACGCCGUUUAUCAACAUCCUAAAAACAUAGUGGUUGCGUGUGUGUGCUUCUCGAGCUUCAGGAGCAAAUACAAAAUACAGCAACGUUGCGUUUUCUGUAUCAGAGAAUCCUUGUGAGUGAGAAGUCAGCGAGUUGCUUUCAGAAUUGAUUGAAGUGACAAAGGGUCCCAUGUAUGUUGAAACAAAAAAAAAAUGAACCGGAAGAGAGAAUCGAGAGGAACAUUAACCACUUUCAACUGUUAAUUAGAAAACAAAUUUGCUCAGAUCAUCGCCCAAAUCGAAAUCUUACCAUUCGGAAAAUCACACACAAAUCCACUUGCAUCGUGAUUGUGAAUUGAGCUGCAUGUAAAAAACGCGUUUUUGUUUCGUCUGGCUAUGGUAAACUCAAGCUAAUUUAAUUUUUAUCGCAUCUUGUAUACUGCCAUCCAUAAGAUCGAUGUAAGUUUCGUUAUUUUUUGUUUCAUCAAUUUGUUGUUUCUAGAGUGCCGCUUUGUGGUUUCAUUGAGGAUUUGUUGUUACGCAAAGUGAACGGGAGAUCUGUUUAAACGGGAAAAACCUGACCCUAGUUAUUGUUGAAUGUAUCAUUAAAACAAAUCGGGCUUUUAAGUAAUUCGUGGAAGACUUGGAGUUACGUAAAGUAUUUUACUCGCUGAGCGGAGAAAUCAUACAAUUAGAGUAAAUCAGAAAUUGCAGAAUUAAAGUUACAAUAACCAUUUCCUUUCACAUUUGUAAAUCAGCUGUCAUUUUAGCAUGUAAUGUGUGGCAUCUAGUUUCGCUUAGAGUAACCGACAUUGUGACAAGCUAAAAAGCAGGAAAAAAGAAAAAAAGUAAACUGUUUUUUCAUUCGCCAGUCUACAACAGAGUCAUCAUCAUGUGAGUUAAAUGCAAGUAGAGAGUAAAUGAGUGUAUGAGAAUUCAUUUUAUUAGAGCACGUACACCAUUCAAACGCAAUGGCAGAAAUAAAAACACAAGAGUAAACGAAUCUAUCGAAAUAACUAGAACAAGUUUUGAACAAUAUAGCGCUGUUCUUUUUUAUUACUAUUGGAAAGAAAUUGCUACUUCCGAUUUAGCCGGCAACAGACACCCAAGAUUAGAGUGACACACGUUGAGCAAAAGCAAAAGUAACAAUACACACACACAUUCAAAGUCAUAAACAUCUACGAAAGUAAAAAUGAAAGUGGUUAAAAUAUGUUGUUCAAAUGCUAUGAGUAAACAAGAAAAUAUACCAACCAAACCAGAAGAACAAAAACGUGAAACAAGAAAUGAGAAAAAUGAAACUGCAUUGAAAUGUGAUUUAUAAAUAUAGAUAAAAUAAAAACAAAAUACACUUAUAUAUAUUGAAAAACAACAACAA